CUCAGUCAUCAGUUGAUUUCCACACACUGAUGUUGUGCAUUAAUAAUCUGCAGAUGUGUAAAGAUCUUCCUAACACUAAGAGCUGUUUAGGGUGAUGUACAUUUACUGUUGAUGAGUGUAGAAGUGAUGAUUAAUGCUGGAUUCUAGAUAGAUUUGAUGCUGAUGUGGCUCAGAAUGGCUCCUGCUCUUCAUCUGAUCUUUCUGCUCAUCAUUCACAGGGUUUCUAGUGCUGGUUGGGGUGUGAAUUACAGUCCUACACAAUUAUGUGCACUACAGAACUCAACAAUGACAAUCAGCUGCACUUUUACAUACCUGACUCCUGGAUAUCAGGUCAUGAAAGUGUUCUGGAACAUAGACCAAGUAUAUUAUGAUGGAGAUUUUGUAGAUCUGUCUAAUAACUCUGAAUACAGUCAGAGGCUUCAGUAUCUGGGAGAUAAACAGCAGAACUGCACUGUCAGACUGAGUCAUGUGACAAAGACAGAUGAACAUGAGUAUUUUUUCAGAUUCACUACUAAUAUAACAGAAGGAAGAUGGAUUGGUCAUCCAGGAGUGCGUCUCUCUGUCACAGAUCUUCAGCUGGAGUCUCCUGAGAGAGUGACAGAGGGAGAUUCAGUCCGUCUGACAUGUAACAGCAGCUGUACACUGACUGACACACCAACAUUCAUCUGGUACAGAAACUCACACACAUUGACUAAUAUUAGAGAUGAACUCAACAUCAGUUCAAUCAAGAGAACAGAAGCAGGACACUACAGCUGUGGUGUGCAGGGACAAACGUACAUCUCUCCUGCUGUUUAUCUCGAUGUCAGAUAUGCUCCAGAUACUCCUGUGAUCUCCAUCAAUAGAUCUGCUGUAAUAAUGGAGGGAGAUUCAGUGACUCUGAUCUGCAGCAGCGACUCAAACCCUCCUGCAGAAAUCAACUGGUUUAAAGGAGAAACAUUUGUAGGAUCUGGAAGAAUCUUCAACAUCUCCAAGAUCAGCUCUGAUGACAGUAAAAAAUACAAGUGUAGAGCCAGAAAUGACCUUGGAGAGAAAUACUCUGAUCCUGUGACUUUAGAUGUCCAGUACCCACCCAGGAACGUCUCAGUGUCUAUGAAUAGAUCUGCUGUAAUAAUGUCUGGAGAUUCAGUGACUCUGAGCUGCAGCAGCGACUCAAACCCUCCUACACUGAACUUCAGCUGGUUUAAAGGAAAUAAGUCUCUGAAUACUGGAAGAAUCUUCAGCAUCUCCAAGAUCAGCUCUGAUGACAGUGGAGAAUACAAGUGUAGAGCCAGAAAUGAUCAUGGAGAGAAAUACUCUGAUCCUGUGACUUUAGAUGUCCAGUAUGCUCCAGACACUCCUGUGAUCUCCAAUAGAUCUGCUGUAAUAAUGGAGGGAGAUUCAGUGACUCUGAACUGCAGCAGUGACUCAAACCCUCCUGCAGAAAUCAACUGGUAUAAAGGAAAUACAUCUUUAAAUACUAAAGGAAUCUUCAACAUCUCCAAGAUCAGCUCUGAUGACAGUGGAGAAUACAAGUGUAGAGCCAGAAAUAAACAUGGAGUGAAAUACUCUGAUCCUGUGACUUUAGAUGUCCAGUACCCACCCAGGAACAUCUCAGUGUCUAUGAAUAGAUCUGCUGCAAUAAUGUCUGGAGAUUCAGUGAGUCUGAGCUGCAUCAGUGACUCAAACCCUCCUGCAGAAAUCAGCUGGUUUAAAGGAGAAACAUCUGUAAGAUCUGGAAGAAUCUUCAACAUCUCCAAGAUCAGCUCUGAUGACAGUGGAGAAUACAAGUGUAGAUACAAGAAUGUACAUGGAGAGAAAUACUCUGAUCCUGUGACUUUAGAUGUCCAGUAUCCUCCCAGGAACGUCUCAGUGUCCGUCACUGAUUCUGGUCAGCUUUGGUCUGAUUCAGUGAGUCUGAUGUGCAGCAGUGACUCGAACCCUCCUGCUCAGAACUUCAGCUGGUUUAAGGAGAAUCAAAGCUCAGCUGUUGGAUCUGGACAGAGUUUCAGUGCAGUACAGAGUGGACGCUUCUACUGUGAGGCUCACAAUCCACAUGGAGCUCAGAGAUCAGACGCCGUCACUGUCACUGUUCAUCAAGGCGCUGGGAGAAACAUUAUCAUCAUCACAGCGACAUCUGUAGCAAUAUUAAUCAUCAUCAUCAUCUUCGUCAUCAUCAGCCUGUUUAUAAUAAAGAAACAAAGGAGUGUUAAAUCUGAAGGUCUCACAGUGAUGCAGAAUGAUCUGUAUUCUGAUGUGUCACAGAAAGAUCAAGCUCACGACAAUCCAGUCUGUGACCCUGGAUUAGCUGAUGAAGCUCCGUAUGAAACUGUGAAUCCCAGAAUAAGUGCUGAAUGCAGAGAUGCUGAGGAGAUCCAGUACGCCACUGUCCAAUAUCACAAAAACACACAGAUGAAGAGAGAGGAAGAAGAGGAGCAGCGUCAGUGUGACAACAUACCACUUCAGCAGCCUGAUCAAGACCACAGGCAGGAAACUGUGGAAACUGUGGAGGAGUCUGUGAUUUACAGCAUGCUCAAAUGAGUGAAAGACUGUCCAUGGGAAAUUAAUGAAUAAUAGUUGUAGUUGCAGAUUAGCUUAAUGAUACUAUGUGAAUUUAUGUUAUUAUCGAGCUUGUUUGAGUGUAAUCUGCUAAAAGUUGUCUAUUGUUUCCUGUAGGAGCCAUAUUUUAUAGUUUAUUGUU